UCGUCUCACACCGGACUCACACAAAAAAGAGUUUUAAUCUCAAAAGUUUGUGUUUUUAUAAAAAUUUGGAUUAAAAAUGCGUCGUAGAUAGUAAAGACAUGGCCACACCAGACAGAGAAUGGGAUCCUGAUGAGAGUCUCACUUCACUUCAAUCGACUCUGGAAGAGAUGUUAAUCCGACUUGAAGAGGUCGAAAGUGUCAUGAUAGCUACAAAACAAAGUACAUCCCAUGCCAAGGAAAACAUCGAUGCAAUUCUAUCGAAAAAGGAUCAAAUCUACAAAAUGUGCAAGAAAAUCGACGAUCUCGAGUACUUUAUUGAUAUUGUCGAAAACAAUCUCAGUGCCCUCACGAAACAAGUCGAGACAGCAGAAAAAGAACUCGGAAUCUCGGACAAUCGUAUUGCAUCGUUGUUGAAAAAUGUGUUAUUUCGCACGAAAUCCACCCAAAAAGAGGAACAACAAGGAACAAAUCAACCCUUUGUUCCCAUAGAAGUCUUUCGAACGGAAGAUUUCUUUAAAAAUUCGGAAAACCAAUGAGCCUUCAUACAAAUUUAUUUCGUUGAAUUACCUAUAGUGUCAAUCUUUUGUCAAAAAAAUAAAACUAAAAGUGAUAUUUUUUAAGAUUAAAU